AGUUUCGUUUCGCAUUUUACAGGUACCCUAUUACGGAACCAUUUCUGGAUCAGAAAAUCGGGCGAACCAUAACAACGAUAGAUAAAAUGAAUACUGAAUUAAUAUUCAAAUAAUAACUUCUUCAAGUCACUGGUUCCGCAAAGCAACAAUAUUGGAUCUACCAGAUCCGCCAUAAACCAGAGACGUUUACAAACUAAAUAUUUAGAUCUACAUGUGCAUGCAUAAACUAAGUAUGUUCAUCAAGGUCAUUUAAAAAUAGGUGUGUCACUUUAACAGUCAUAUCAUUGGCCACUUUGAAAAGUUCAGCACCAGCUAGGCUAACAGUAUAGUAGGUCCCUGAGUGAUACAAAGGUCACAAAGAGAUGACAGAAAUCAGUAAGCCUGUGAUAUACAAUAGAGAGAAAUGGUUGGAGGAAAACCAAAAGUUCUUCUUGCCACCUGUCUGCAAUAAAAUGAUGCAUAAUGAUGGGCAAGUUAAGUCAUUUUUUGUUGGUGGUCCAAACCAAAGAAAAGAUUAUCACAUAGAAGAAGGAGAAGAGCUUUUCUACAUGCUAAAAGGUGACAUGUGCCUUAAGGUUGUGGAGCAUGGAAAACAUCGUGAUGUGCCAAUAAAAGAAGGGGAGAUAUUCCUGCUCCCGGGCAGAAUAGCCCAUUCACCACAAAGACAAGCUGACACUAUUGGUCUGGUGAUUGAACGCGAGAGGGCAGAGAAUGAGAAGGAUGGAUUAAGAUAUUACAUUGAAGAAAAUGGUACAAAGACUUUGGACUCAUUGUAUGAGGAAUGGUUCCAUUGUGAAGAUCUUGGAUCACAACUUGGACCCAUUAUCAAAAGAUUCUUUGGGUCAGAGCAGUGUAAGACAGGAAAGCCUAUUCCAGGAACCAUUCCUGAGAAUCCACCCAUUGUCCUAGAUAGCAAGAGAUCACUACAGGACCCUUUCAACUUGCACACAUUUAUUGAUGAAAAGCGGCAGGAGCUGGAAGAGAAGAGGAAGAUCAACUUGUUUGGAGAAAACAAUCAGUUUCAGGUUGAUUUGUAUGGGAAAGGAAGUAACAUAGGGCAAGUGACAGGAGCAGAGACCUUCAUCUGGCAGAUGGAGGGAUCAUCAACUGUAACAGUUGACAGUCAGGAGUAUGUCCUUUCUCCUGCUGAUAUCAUGCUGGUCAGGGCUGGACAGAGAUAUGAGGCAAUAAGGCCAGCGGGAUCGAUUGCCUUGAUUUGUUACCAGGAUGCAGCAAGAAAAGCAAAGCUUUUCCCAUCCAGUUGAAUUUGGAUCUAGUUCUGAAGAAAAUGGCAAAUGCGCAUAGGGCUAAAAUGUAACUGUAAUUCCAGAGACUAUAUAGUCAUGUUGUUACUAGUAUUCAGACAAAGCAUGUAUUUUGGAUUCAUUGUUGAUAAGGAUCAUCAGCUACGGGACAUCACAUUAAAUUUUUUUCAUCAUCA